GCAAUUUAUUUUGACGACAACAACAACAACAACAACAACAAAAUGGACGUAAAAGACGAAAAGGAAAAGAAAAGAAAAAGAACAAUAAAACUUGACGGUUCAUCUGCGUCAGGUGAUGGGAAAAUAGAGGCAAAAAGAAUAAAACCUGAUUCUGUAAAGAUAAAGCAGGAAGUACCAAGUGUUAAUAUUGGCCGUAAAUUAUUUUAUGCUGAAGAAGAUGAAGUUGAAAAGAGAGAUGUUAAUAAAGAUGUGGAGCUUUUUCAGAGUGCUUGUGGAGACAUUCAGAGAACAAUUGCUGAAAUCAAGACAUUGAAAGAGUCGAAAGGCAAAAAUGCUGCAGCAGAGAUUGAGAGUAAGCGUAUGGAAGGUAUGUUACAGAUAGUCAUGCUGAAGAAACUAAAUAGACUUGCUCAUAUUAGAUGUAAGAAGGUCAGGGACGGCACUAACGAGGCGAAGAUGAGAAUAGACCGCUGUCAUCUACAAGUACAGAAUCUUCUCUAUGAAAUCAUGCAUCUUGAAAAAGAAAUAGUCAAAUGCUUAGGAUUCAAGUCAAAAGAUGAAGAGAUAGAUCUUAUUCCGGUGGAUCAAUUUUAUGAAGAAGCACCAGAGGAGAUAUCCAAGCCAGAGAAGACAAAGACAGACAGUCAUCAACUAACAUUAUCCAGACUGGACUGGGAGCUAGAACAAAGAAAACAACUGUCAGAAAAGUUAAAGGAUGCUGUAAAAACUAAGGAGGAUAUAGAAAACGAGAUAAAAAACUAAACAAGAGCAUCUAGAGAAUCUACAGCCAAAACUCAACAACAUAUUACAGUCUACGAAGCCAGUACAAGAGUAUCUAGAUAUGCCAUUUGACAGUGUUAGAGAAGAGCAUAUGACUGCCCAAUUCUUACCCCAUCCACUGUAUGUGCUGUAUAUGCAAUGUAGUGCCUACAAGGAUGCCUGUGACAGCAGAAUGAAAGUGAGUUUGGAAGGAGACCUGAAUGCGGCCAAGUCUCUGGAUUUAUCAGGGCCCUCAAUACUUGAUGAGGACAGUGAAAGUGACCAAGAGGAACCAGAAGAACAGGAAAAGAAAAACAGUGUAUGUAAUCACAUGAUAGUCACAUGAUAAUAGUUUGGUAGUGAGCCAGUGAUUUUAAAAUAUACUAGAGGAGAC